UUCCGGAUACUUUGUUUUCGGUCCGAAACGAAGUGCGAGUUCCAUUCUAUACGAAUUAUGUAACAAUGACUCCUAAUCUCUGACGUCGGCUGCAUCGCAAGUCAUUUGUCACAUAAUUCUCAUAGAAUUGAGAUUGCAUUUUGUUUCGGACUGAAAACAAGUUAGGCGGAAGCCCAAGACAUUUAGGAACAUUACUUUACAAUACGUAAUUACGAGCUAGUAAACACAAGGGCAAUAUCCAAACUCAUUCGGGUUCAGUGACGAUUCGGUGUACAUCCGAAAACACCCGUUUUUACUUGUUGCGAUAAAAAAGGACACUAAUGCAAUUCACGUGCAGUCUACGGACGGUACGACAGAUUCUCGAAACAGCCCACGAAUACUGCCAUGAUGAAAUCCCAGUAGUCAUUCUGAACAUAUCUUCAACACGCAUCUCACAAUCAUAUUCACUUGUGUUAAACGUGUGGUCCUUGCUUUAAGUAGAAUGCGUUAAUCUCUUCAGUUAAUCUCAGUUAAUCUUUAAAGACGAAGUUUGUACGGUUCACCACACUCGGUUCAUAUUGGGAUUGUUGCAAAUUUAAUUUCGCUCCUUGUAGCGUUUGUUAAUUAUUAAAGUCAAGUACUAGGUUGUCGAAAUUUAUUCAUGAAAGUUUAACCUGUUAUGGACCAUUGUCAGUUUAUAAAUUCAUGAAGAAUGCCAUCAAAACAGAGAAAAAUAGCCAUUAUGGGCUAUAGAUCAGUAGGAAAAUCAUCCCUCAGCAUACAAUUCGUCGAAGGGCUAUUCGUCGAUUCGUACGAUCCAACAAUUGAAAAUACAUUUACCAAGAGCACUCGUGUCAAUAGUCAAGAAUAUGAAGUGAAAUUGGUGGAUACAGCUGGUCAAGAUGAAUAUAGCAUAUUUCCUACCCAGUAUUCUAUGGACAUACAUGGAUAUGUAUUGGUCUACAGCAUAACUAGUGCAAAAAGUUUCGAAGUUGUACAAAUAAUCUACGACAAGCUAUUGGACAUCACAGGCAAAGUGCACGUGCCGAUCGUUUUGGUUGGUAAUAAAACUGAUUUACACAUGGACCGAAUGAUAUCAACGGAGCAGGGGAAGCGUUUAGCAGAGACAUGGCAUGCCGCCUUUUUAGAGACAAGUGCAAAACAGAAUGAGUCUGUUGCAGAUAUUUUUCAUACAUUAUUGGUUGAGAUCGAGAAAGCUGACGGCAAUGUACAAGAAAAGUCUAAUUGUAUUAUCUCCUGAAUUUUGUAGCUAAAAUAUUUGCCCGCCGUUACCUUAUUUCGAUCCCUUUUUUUAUUCGAGCACUUCUUUAUCCAUUUAUAAUCCAACAAGCUUUUUAUCUUGUCAGUAACUCUGAUAACUAGGAAUAAUAAUGAUCUAUUUGAUUAAGCAUUGUAAUUAUUUUCUAUACUGUAAGAAAGCAAAAUAAAACGAUCUUCUCUUGAGCCAUAUAUGGCAGUAUUAGAUAUUGAUGUGCUCUUUGUUAAGCUGACGUAACAUAACCCGCGGUAUAAAAUGACUUGUGUUUCACAAUACACUAGUAAGGCUAAAUGUAUGCAAUUAAUAUUGUUGAAAAAUUUACCAUCGCAGAUUUGAAGACAUGUUUUGACUGUCAAAGACAGGGGGAACAUUUUGUCAUGCCAAAUAUGCGUGUUCCUAGUGACACGCACUGGUAACUAUGUACUAAUUAUGAUCAUCGGACUUCUAUAAGCUUUUUUUUUUAUUUAUUUAUUUUUUUGUAAGUGAAUCCGUCAGGUAUAUGUUCUUUACGUCCUGCAUUUGGAAAUUGAUUAUUCAUUGAAAACUUAGUUCCAGUUUAGGAAAAGUUUAGGAAAAGUAAAAAAAAGGCACUCACAUGUUCUGCACAUUUAUAAAACACUGUAAUAUCCAGUUUUGAAAUACGUUGUUAUUAUCGCGAUUGAUACACCACAAAAAGGAUAUCGGAAACUUAUUGCUGUUACUGAAAUUUCCAGAGCAAUAACCUCGAGCCACGCACUCCACUCAAAGUUAAAACUAAUUCUUACAUUGUCAGGUCCGUUAUCUUCUACAUGGUGUUGCCGAACAUGACAAGGAAAAUGUAAAAAUUAAUAUAUUUUGAUCUAGCAUAUUGUGAAUUAUGUAAUGAAGUACAAUAAAGUAAUAUUAUUUGAAAAGAA